AUGGGAGACGGCAAGACGUACUGCAACUCGAUCGGCUGCCCGGGCGGGUACACCCCCAUCCCCAACGCCUGGGAGGUCGAGUGCGACGACGAUCCGUGCGAGGUCUCCCAGUGCUGCGAGGCCUACUGCAGCUACUUCGCGUGCCCCGACGGCUACAUCCCCAUCGAGGACGCCGGCACGACCCGUUGCACCAACGACGACUGCACCGCCGACCAGUGCUGCGUUUCUGGUGGGUCUCGAGUCGUGGCGGUUACCCUCGGAUAGUCUGCCUUUUUUUUUUUGCGUCCACCCCUGGCCUCACUGCAGUACAGCACUAUUCUCGUUGCACCGUUCGUCCGGAGGAGGUUUGCGGUGGCUACCUCAAGAUGGGUAUUGCAGCUGUAUAUCACGAACAGUGCAUUACGUACCAAGUAACGAAAAUGAUCCAUUUAUUGCGGCCUGCAUGAAGACCGCGGCAUAGGUCAAACUCGCCGAGUCCCGAGUUGGUUUGGGGGCGUCCCUAUCUAGAGGUUGAAUAAUGAAGGUAUUCAUUCGUGUGCACUCUUGAAACAGUUCUCGAUGCCUACCUGAAGUGUUUUUGCUUUGACUACAGGUGACAUGGGAGACGGCAAGACGUACUGCAACUCGAUCGGCUGCCCGGGCGGAUUCACCCCCAUCCCCAACGCCUGGGAGGUCGAGUGCGACGACGAUCCGUGCGAGGUCUCCCAGUGUUGCGAGGCCUACUGCAGCUACUUCGCGUGCCCCGACGGCUACAUCCCCAUCGAGGACGCCGGCACGACCCGUUGCACCAACGACGACUGCACCGCCGACCAGUGCUGCGAGUCAUAGUCAUAAGAGACAAACGUGGAAUACUGGUAGGAAUGUCAACACUACUUCUAAUCCGGCCAUCCGUAGCUGUUAGAAGGCUGUGCCGUGGGUUUGUCCCUUAUCUCUUGCUCUGGACUACUCGACGUGAAACCUCAGUGUUAUGUUGUGACUAGCGAAGGUCGCGUGUGGAAGCACAGUAGAAGUGGUGAUGUUGGGUGAGUUUCAGCAGGGAUAGACCAGGACGCCACGCCUGCCUACAUAAGUAUUAUAACAUAGUUGUGACGGAGCGCUUCAGCAGGGAUCAAGACGCAUGCCUGCCGCCUAUCGGCCUAGAUUUUUUGUAUUGUUGGCAGCCUGACUGCAAUGUCGAAGACGAGAUUGGUCUGAAUGGAGACGCUUUUUGUUUCCUGUGAACUCGGUCCAUGUGUCCGGAACACAUGCCCCAACUGGGCGAAAUAAGAGAGCUAACGUCCAGAACAACAAGGACACACGGUACUCACGUGCAACCUGGGCUGAUAGGACACUUAGCGCAUGUCUACAGAUCAAUGCCGGCUACCCAUCUAGUCUGUUGUAGGAACCAUUCGAUCGGGUGUGGAUGCCCCGACGACAGCCUUCAUUCAAGCACGUUUCUUCGUUCGGUGUGAAGUACUGAUACGGCGUGAAUGAUUCCGACACGAGGGAUAUUUUAUUCAUUACAAGUAGUAGACGCUAAACAUUUGCCUGUCCUUGUGCAGCAGUCACCCCUCCUCCUCAAGGGCAUACACACUGACGGCCCGUUGCAUACGUCGUAAGUGUUUCGUAUUCUGGAGUGAAAUACCUUCCGACAACAUGUCCAGCGAUAGGCUUCGCAGGCGGGAACUCUUUUGUAUCGAACGUUCGUGAGAAUGGCAGCAGAUUUGCUUUCUUUCAUUCUUCCCUGGCGUGGGGGUUCCAUUGACGGCCCAGAGACUGCCACAACCAGAACAUACUACCAUGUCAACCG